AUGUUAGUGCUCCGAGAUGGAGACGUGCUGGGGUUGCUGUCGAGUCUCUCGCGAGAAGAGGCGCAGCGACUUCUCUCGAGGCUGCAUGAUGUGUUGAGAGAAUUUUCCCAGAGCAAGGCGGCCGGGCCGGAAGAGCGAACGAUCCACCAGCCGGAGCGAGAGACGAUUGCGACUCGACUGGGCAACACGUCUCUCUUCAUGCCGUCGUCCAUCACGACGUCGACCGGGGUCAAAGUGGUGACCAUCAGCUCGGGCGGGCUGAAGGGCUCGAUCAACGUGUUCGCGCCCGCGGGCGAGCUGUUGGGCGUGUUGAACGCUGAGGAGGUGACUGCGUUCCGCACGUCGCUGGCCGUCAUGAUCGCCUAUGUGCGAUACCCGCAUCCCAAGACCAAAGUCGUCGUUUUCGGCGCAGGCAGACAGGCCGAGUGGCAUGUCCAACUGGCGCUCUUGCUGGGCGACGUCCGCCAGGUCACGGUGGUCAACCGAAGCUCUGCUCGGAGGAUGGAGCGGCUGUUCGAGCAGCUGAGGAAGAGAUAUCCGCGAACCGAGUUCAGGCUGCUUCUCAAGACCGGAGCCGGGCCAGACUACGACACACAGUUGCGAAGCCGCCUCGCAGACUCGGAGGUCAUCUUCUGCUGCACCCCGGCUACCACGCCACACUUUCCGCACUCGUAUCUCGACCGCAAGUCGCGUUUCAUCUCGCUGAUCGGGUCCUACAAGCCCUCCAUGCAAGAAGUCGACAAGGACACAUUGCUUUCGGGCGAUUGCAUCUACGUGGAUACGAAAGAAGGCUGCCUCGUCGAGGCCGGAGAGUUGAUCAAGGCCAAUGUCUCUGCAGACCAACUGGUCGAGAUUGGCGAACUCCAUGACGACAGCCUGCUCAGACCCAACGGAAACCUGGUGUUCAAGUGUGUGGGGAUGGGCAUCAUGGACCUUGUGAUUGCCCGAGAGCUGCUGGCCAUGGCGAAAGAGAAGGAACUGGGAUUGAGAGUGGAUGACUUUUGA